CUUCACUCAACUCCAAUUUCUCUGCUCUUCUGCGGUCGUUUCUCGUCUACCAUCUUCUCAUCUUCAGCUUAUCUACUCUGCUUGCACUUCUCCUGCCCACACCACGACAAACACCUUGCACCGUAGUGGAGGCCGUGACCCGGGUCUUAUCCGCGCCACCCCUGUAACCGCUGGCGCGUCAUCCGCUCCGCGCAAACCACUCUGCAUUCGUCUGCCACAACUCUAGCCUCGCUCGCUCACUCCUCGUCCAUCUCCACCUUCGUCGUUCGCUCCAACCACCGCUCUUUCCGGCCUUGACACAUCCCCCGCCGCUCACUCCCUUCCCCGCGUGCAGUAACGCAUCCUCCUCGGCCCAAGGCGCCCAAGCGCCGCGCCGAAGCAAAUCUUGCGCUCCGACAUGAGCGCGCCGAGCCCGGCGCCGCCGGGACCCUCGGCCCCCCCACACCAUCCAACACAACCCCAGCCCUCCUCCGCACCCCAUGGGCGCCCACAUUAUCCACUCCAGCCCUCUGGCGAAGAAGGAGAAGAGACGAGUCUGCGCGAACCACCUGGGGCGGACCUGUAUCCGCACCGCGGGAGCCUCGCCGACUUUCGCGCCGCAGAAGGCGCCGCCGCGCGCGCAGCAAAGCUUCGCUCCAUCUGGGCGCAGCUUCCCAAGCUGCCCGACGUCGACCCCGACCACCCGACGGAGGCGCAGCGCAUGCGCCUCCCCGGGCAGGACACGCUCGACACCCUGAGCCCCGAGCGCGCUGACCGCCUACGCACGCUGUACACCGAGGAGCUGGUCAAGCAGUGUGGCGAGGACCGGCCGGACGCGCGGCUGUGGGGCGGCGCCGACGACCUCGAGCCGUACGAGGCCGCGCAGAAGGGCGUGUCGUGGAAGGCGUUCCGAAAAUUCCUUUGGGACCAGGAGCGGCAGCUGUGGGACGAGUUCCAAGCGCUCGACCGGAACGGGGACGGCGUGCUCGACGCCGAGGAGAUGCGGUCAGCGCUCGAGCACCAGGGCGUCGAGCUGAGUCAGAACGCUGUGUCGGACCUCGUCCGCCUCCUCAGUGGCACGCCUGAUCAGGAACACGUGACGUUCACUGAGUUUCGCGACUUUCUGUUGCUGCUUCCGCGCCGCGCGACGCCCUUCGAGAUUUACAAGUUUUACCAGGUACACAAGCGGUUCAGCGAUGGGCGCGGCGCCGCGCGCGUCAACAUGGACGGGGACCCGAUUUUGUCGUUCCCCAAAGCGCCAGGGGGUCCGGAGCACAGCACGGCGCAGGGCUUUUUCCGACCACACGACCAUGACGACCCGCAAGACGAUCUCGAGGACACGCUCGACGUGCUCGGCGACGAAGACGAGGACUACUACGAGCCGGAGACGCGGCAUGAGGCCUGGCGCUUCCUCCUCGCCGGCGGGAUAGCGGGCAGCGUCUCGCGCUCCGUCACGGCCCCGUUCGACCGUCUCAAGGUCUACCUCAUGACGAUGAACAUCCCGCAGACGCCCGGAAAGCCGACGCCGUGGCGCGCCGCGCACAACCUUAUGACUGCCGUCCGCGCAAUUUACCAGGAGGGCGCGGGGAUCCGCGCCUUCUGGGUCGGCAACGGGCUGAAUGUGAUCAAGAUCUUUCCGGAGAGCGCCAUCAAGUUUGUCAGCUACGAGCAGAGCAAGCGCUUCCUGGCAAAAUACUGGGACGGCGUACACGACCCCGCCGAGAUCAGCUCGAGCUCGCGCUUCAUCGCCGGCGGUAUCGGCGGCAUCACGUCGCAGCUCGCCAUCUACGGCCUCGAGACGCUCAAGACGCGCGUCCAGUCCAACAUUGGGCCCAGCAAGGGCUGGCGCUCCGUCCAGCAGACGGCCAACUACAUGUGGCGCGAGGGCGGGUUCCGGCCCUUCUACCGCGGUCUCGGCCUCGGCCUUAUUGGCGUGUUCCCCUACUCGGCCAUCGACAUGGGCACGUACGAGACGCUCAAGACGGCAUAUUGCCGCAGCUUCCACGUCGACGAGCCGCCCGUAUACGCCGUACUCUCGUUCGGCGCGCUCAGCGGCAGCAUCGGCGCCGCGAGCGUGUAUCCCAUCAACUUGCUACGGACGCGACUCCAGGCGUCGGGGAGUACAGGCCACCCGCAGCACUACACGGGCUUCAUGGAUGUGCUGCACCAGACAUUGCGCAACGAGGGCUGGCGCGGUCUUUACAAGGGCCUCCUGCCCAGUAUCCUCAAGGUCGGGCCGGCCGUCGGCGUCAGCUGGAUCGUGUACGAGGAUGCCAAGCGCAGGUUAGGCGUGUAGGGUAGUCAUGUGGUGUCCCGCGGGACUGUAGUGUACCGGCAGACGAGGGAGGCGUCAGCCGCCGCCAAGUUGGCAUAGUCAUCAUAGAACUUGCAUCGCAUUUCAUCACGCUCUGCUGUCUACGUCUACAACUACGUCUAAAGUGAUGUCUAACG